AUGGCAGUGAACAUCACAUCCGACUCCAAUGGCCUGCUAGGCUCAUUGGCCAAUGAUCUCAGACGCUCACCGGGCAGCUACUUUAUUGGUUUGGGUGUAAUCCUCAUCGCCAUUGUGCUGCGCAAGCUCUCAUUUCCAUCGCUUGAUGAGCGCGAACCGCCAUUGCUCCAGCCUCGAAUCCCCGUCAUUGGACACCUUAUAGGGCUUCUGAAAUAUCAGAAUACUUACAUGAAAAUGCUAUACGACCGCUCCCGCCGACAGAUCGCCACUCUACCUAUUCUUGGCGGAAAGCUCUAUGUUAUCUUCGAUCCUACUAUCGUCCAGUCGGCCUAUAGAAAGAAGACACUUUCAUUUGAACCAUAUGCUGCGGAGUUCGCACAGCGAGAACUCCUUCUCACCAAUGAGACUUCCGACAAACUCAAGACAACAAGUCUUGUGCCCGAUUUCUUCUCUGUCAUUCAUCCGGCUAUGACGGGAGACCAUCUUCAUCGGAUGAACGCCAACGCUCUCAAUUGUAUCGCAGAUGACAUCAACAACAUUGGCGACUCUGGUGACUUGGAACACCCGAACCUGUGGCUCUGGCUUCGUGAUUGUAUUACCAUGGCGACAUCGGAAGCCUUGUACGGUCCGGAGAAUCCUUUGAGAGAAGAUCCUAGCUUGGCAACCGAUCUCUGGACGUUCGAGAGCGGUCUCAAUAUGCUCCUAAUUAACAUCUUCCCAUCCAUCACUGCUCCGAAGGCGCAUCAAGCGAGAGCAAGGCUCCAAGCGGCCUUAGGAAAAUACUACGGCGCCCGCAAGUAUGAACACGAGGCUGCAGCCCAGAUCGUGAAAAGUCGUGCAGGAGCGUUCGCAAAGCACAACGUUCCAUACGAAGAGAUCGGCCAUAUCGAGCUCGCGCUGCUCCAGGUCGGAACAGCAAACACCAUUCCUACGUUAUACUGGUUCUUCUUUCACAUCUUCCACCGGCCUGAACUCGUUGAGCGUCUGAGAGAGGAAGUUCUUCCUGUUGUGCAGACUGAUGGCGAUGCCAAAGGUGUCGUUGACGUCACCAUCUUGGACCAGAAGUGCCCUCUGCUAGUCAGCUGCUACCGCGAGGCUAUUCGUCUAAGUAAUCAAGCGGCCGGUAACCGAAGAGUACUCGAAGAUACGACGGUGACAGACAGCAAUGGCAAAUCCUACCUCCUGAAAAGGGGCGAAAACGUACAGAUGUCUGCUCUCGUGGGUCACACCCUCGACGUAUGGGGCGAGAACAUCUCCGAGUUCAAACCAGACAGGUUCUUGGAAAGCGGCAUGAAAGAGAACAGCGAGGCGGAGAAGGCAAAACGAGCGGCGUAUAUCCCAUUCGGUGGAGGUCGAAAUCUGUGUCCUGGACGCAACUUUGCGUUCGCAGAGAACUUGGGCCUGGUGACAUGCUUACUGGCCGGGUUUGAUGUGAUGUUGACUGGCCAACCUGGAAUUCCUGCUGGGAGGGACUGCGACUUUUCGCAGGCUGCGUUCAAGCCCAAGAAUAACGGGGAGGGGUUUGGUGUGAAGAUACAGAGGAAGAAGGGGUGGGAGAAGACUCAAUGGUCUUUUGUGUCGUAG